AUGAUUGGCAUGAUGAUGAUGACGACGAUUAUGAAGAUGAUGAUUAUGAUUGAUAAUGACGAUGUUGAUGAUGAGAAUGAUGAUGAUGUUGAUUCGGACGAUGAUGAUGAAGAUGAAGUUGAUGAUGUCGAUUCAGAUGAUAUUUGCGAUGAUGAUGUUUCAGAUAAUGAUGAUGAUGCCGAUGAUGACGAUGAUGACCAUGAUAACGGUGAUGUUACUUAUGAGUAUGUUGUGGGUGUUGACGACGAAGAUGGUGAUAAUGAUAGUGAAGAUGAUUCGAAUGAUGAUGAUGACAGUGAUGAGUCGGAUGAUGAUGAAGAUUAUGAUGAUGAUUCGGAUGAUGAUACUGAUGAUGACGGUGUUAUUUUUCGGAUAAUGAUGAUGAUGCUUCGAAUGAUGAUGAUGGAUGAUGAUGAUGAUGACGACGAUUCGGAUGAUUCUGAUGGUUAUGAUGAUAAUGAUAAUGACGAUGAUGAUGAUGACAAUGAUGAUAAUGAUACGGAUGAAGAUUAUGAUGAUGAUGAUGUUGAAGUUGAUGAUGAUGAUGAUGAUGAUGGAGCUGACGAUGAUGAUGAUGAUGAUGAUGAUGAUGAUAAUGAUGAUGAAGAUGAUGAUGAUGUUGUUGAUGAUGAUGUUUCAGAUGACGUUGAUGAUGAUGUCUUUGAAGAUUCAAAUGAUGAACCGGAUGAUGAUGAUACUGAUGAUGAUGAUGAUGAUGAUGAAGAUGAUUAUAAUGAUGGAGAUGAGGAUGACGACGAGGAUGAUGCUGAUGAUUCGGAUGAUGAUGUAGAUGACGACGCGGAUGAUGACUGUGAUGAUGAUGUUACAGGUGAUGACGAGGAUGAUGGUGAUGAUGAUGGUGACGAAGAUGAUGAUUAUGAUACUGAUGCUGAUGAUUAUGAUGAUUAUGAUGAUGCUGUUGAUGAUGAUGAUGAUGAUAAUGAUGAUGGUGAUGAUGAUGAUGAUGAUUUGUAUGGUGGUGUUGAUGUUGAUGUUGAUGAUGUUUUGGAUAAUGAGAUUGAUGAUAAUUAUACCGAUAUUGAUGGUGAUGAUAUUGAGGUUUCGGAUGAUGAUGUUGACAAAAAUGAUGAUGAUUAUGGUGAAUCUGAUGUUGAUAAUGAUGAUGAUGAUGAUGAUGAUGAUGAUGAUGAUGAUGAUGAUGAUGAUGAUGAGCAUGAUGAGGAUGAUGAUGCUGAUGCUGAUGAUGAUAAUGAUGAUGAUGAUGAUGAUGAUUCGAAUAAUGAAUAUGAUGAGGAUGAAAACGAUGAUAUGGAUGAUGAUGAUGAUGAUGAUGAUGAUGAAGAUGAUUCGCAUAAUCAUGAUGAUAGUGAUAAUUGGGAUGAUGGUGAUGUUUACGAUGAUAAUGAUGACGAUGAUGAUGAUGGAGGGCAUGAUGUUGAUGAUGAUCACGAUGAUGUUUCGGAUAAUGAUGGUGAUGAUUCGAAUGAUGAGAAUGAGGAUAAGAUUGAUGAUGAUGGUGAUGACUGGAAAGAAGAUGAUGGGGAUAAUGAUGAUGUUGAUGAUGAUGAUGAUUAUGACGAUGAUGAUUCGAAUUGUGACGGUGAUAUUGAAGAUGAUGAUGAGGAUAAUGACAAUGAUGAUGACGUUGUUGAUGAUGCGGAUGAGGAUAAAAAUGACGAUGUUCAUGAUGAUAGUUUUGGUGAAUCGAAUGAUGAUUCCGUUGACGAUGAAGAAAAUUCGCAUGAUGAUGACAACGAUGAUGAUGAUUUGUUUGGUGAUGAUGAUGGUGAUGAUGAUGAUGAUGCUUGUGAUGAUGAUGAUGACGAUAUUGAGGAUGUUUCCGAUGAUGAUGAUGAUGAUGAUGAAGAUGUUGAGGAUGAUAAUGAUAGGAAUGUUGAUUCGGAUGAUGAUGAUGAUGAUGAUAAUGAAAAAGAUUAUGACGAUGAUGAUGAUGAAGAUGGUGAUGAUAAUGCUGAUUACGAUAAUGAUGUCGACAAUGAUGACCAUUCGUAUGGUGAAGAUGAUGACGACGAUGACGAUGAUGUUGAUUCGGAUGAUGAUGAUGAUGAUGGUGACGAUGAUGAUGAGGGAGAUGAUUACGAUAUGGAUUUUGAUGAUGGUGAUGAUGACGGUGAUUCGGAUGAUGAUGAUGAUAAAGGAAGAAGAUUCGUGUGUGAUGUUGAGGAUGAUGAUGAUGUUGAUGAUGAUGAUCAUGAUGAUGACGAUGAUGAUGAUGAUUCGAAUGAUGGUGAUGUUUAUGAUGAUUUUGAUGAAGAUGAUGAUGUUGAAGAUGAUGAUGUUGAUGAUAAUGAUGAUGGUGAUGACGAUGAUGAUGAUUUGUAUGGUGGUGUUGAUGUUGAUGUUGAUGAUGUUUCGGAUAAUGAGAUAGAUGAUAAUUAUACGGAUUUUGAUGGUGAUGAUAUUGAGGUUUCGGAUGAUGAUGCUGACAAAAAUGAUGAUGAUUAUGGUGACUCUGAUGUUGAUGUUGAUGAUGAUGAUGAUGAUGAUGAUGAUGGUGAUGAUGAUGAUGAUGAUUUGUAUGGUGGUGUUGAUGUUGAUGUUGAUGAUGUUUUGGAUAAUGAGAUUGAUGAUAAUUAUACCGAUAUUGAUGGUGAUGAUAUUGAGGUUUCGGAUGAUGAUGUUGACAAAAAUGAUGAUGAUUAUGAUGAAGAUGGUGAUGCCGAUGUUUCGGUUAAUGCUGUUGAUGCUGAUGAUCAUGAACAAGAUUCGGAUGAUGUUGACGAAGCCGAUGAUGAUGAUGAAGAUAAUGAUGCCGAUGAUGAUAAUUUGGAUGAUGAUGUUGAUGGAAAUGAUGAUGAUGGUGACGGUGAUGAUGAGGGAGAUGAUUACGAUAUGGAGUUCCAUGAGGGUGAUGAUGACGGUGAUUUGGAUGAUGAUGAUGAUAAAGUUGAUGAUGACGAGGAUGAAUCUGAUGAUGACGCCUGUGAUGAGGAAGAAGAUUCGUGUGACGGUGGUGAUGAAGAUUAUGAUGAUGUUUACCAAUCGAAUGAUGAUGUUGAGGACGAUUAUGAUGAAGAUGAUGAUAAUGACGACGACGAUGAUGGUGAUGAUAGUGAAAAUGACGAUGAUGCUGAUGAUGAUGAUCAUGAUGAUUUUGAAGAUGAUGAGGGUGAUGACAAAGAUAAUGAUGUUUAUGAUGUUGAUUACGAUCAGGAUGUUGAUGAUGAUGAUCAUUCGUAUGGUCAUUAUGAUGAAGACGGUGAUGACGAUGUUGAUUCGGAUGAUGAAGAUGAUGAUAAUGAUGAAUCGGAUGAGGAUGUUGAUGAUCAUUCGGAUGAUGAUGGUGAUGACGAUGAAGAUGAUGAUCACGAUGACGAAGAUGAUGACUCGGAUAAUGCUGAUGAUGAUGAUGAAGAUGAUGAUGAUGAUGAUGAUGAUGAUGACGAUGAUGAUAAUGAUGAUCAUGACAACGGUGAUGAUGAGGAUGAUGAUGACGAUGAUGAUGAUCACGAUGAUAAUGACGAUGAGGAGGAUGAUCAUGAUUCGAGUGAGGAUGAUAAAACGGCUGGAAGUGAAAAUGAUGAGUCGUUUGAUAUUGUCGAUUACGCAAAUAAUGAUGAUAACGAUGAUGAUGAGGAUGAUGAUGAUGAUAAUGAUAAUGACGAUGAUGAUGAUGAUGAUGAAGAAAAUGAGGACGAUGACGAGGUUGAUAAAGAUUGUGAAGGUGAUGGUGAUGAUUAUAAUGAAGCAAUGCCGAGUCGUGUGAUUAUAUAA